AUGAACUCACGCCUGCGUCUCCCUCCCAAACCCGCAGGCGCCGCCGCCGCCGCCGCCGGAGAGCUCGAGCUGCUCGUCCCGCGGGCCGCGGGCAUGGACCGCCACGAGCUGGGCGGCGCGGGAGCCGUCGAGAUCGAGAAGGCGCCGCGCGAGGCCGGGGCGGACAUGGAGUCGGAGCCGGCCGCGGCGCGCGCGGCGGAGCGCGUCCCGCCGUGGCGCGAGCAGCUGACGGCCCGCGGCCUGGUGGCGGCGCUGCUCAUCGGCGUCGUCUACACCGUCAUCGUCAUGAAGCUCAGCCUCACCACGGGGAUCGUGCCCACGCUCAACGUCUCCGCCGCGAUGCUCGCCUUCCUCGCGCUCCGCGGAUGGACGCACGUGCUCCACCGACUCGGCAUUGCCUCACGCCCCUUCACGCGACAGGAGAACACCGUCGUCCAGACCUGCAUCGUCGCCUGCUACACCAUCGGAUUCGGCGGCGGGUUCGGGUCCUUCUUGCUGGGGCUGGACAAGAAGACCUACGAGCUGGCCGGGGCCAGCACGCCGGGGAAUGUGCCGGGGAGCUACAAGGACCCCGGCAUCGGAUGGAUGAUGGGCUUCCUCCUCGCCGUCAGCUUCGUCGGCCUCCUCACCUUGCUCCCCCUCAGAAAGGUGCUCGUCAUCGACUAUAAACUAACCUAUCCAAGUGGGACUGCGACUGCCGUGCUCAUAAACGGCUUCCACACACCUCAAGGAGAUAAGAAUGCAAAGAAGCAGGUCCUGGGCUUCCUCAAGUACUUUGGGAUCAGCUUCUUCUGGAGCUUUUUCCAGUGGUUCUACACCGCCGGCGACUUCUGCGGAUUCAUGCAGUUCCCCACAUUUGGGCUGAAGGCUUGGAAACAAUCAUUCUUCUUCGAGCCUGCCAUGUGCAGUGGAAGCGGUGCGUUGCUGCGUGGUUUGGAUGGCUGACGCCUGAACCAGUGGUUGGCUGGUUGAAGUUGGUUCCAUACACAUUUUCUCCAUCCCCUUUCCCGAUCCAGGGUUGCGCUGUUCUUGAUCCCAAGUUGUGCUUUUUAGUCUGUUUCUAAUGUGAGCUUGUGACUGCUCUUUGUACAGGUUCAUGCGGAACCACUGUGUUUGUGGUUUUCUGGACAGGUUUGCUCUUUUACUCUGAAUCAUGCAUACUUUGGUUUCGAUGUUUGUAUAGUUACUGAUCUCUAUAUUUUUGGCUUUGUAGUUCAGUGUACUGAUUUUCUCUUCCAUUUUGUUGGUUCUUUGUAACUGUAUAUUAUUUGGCCAUUUCUCAAUGGAAAAAUAUAUUAUUUUGCC